CCUGACUUCCGCUUCCACUGCGGUCACGUGAUCAAAACAAGCCAAGAUGGCGUCGAAUAUGAGUAGCAUUAGCCGAGCCGGGCGCCACUUUCAAUCCUUUCCCAUCCGCGUGAAUUUAUAAACACAAGGUUGAGUUUGCGGUGAUGUACAGCGUCUGGGGGUACAUCCGGGCUCUUUGCAGGAGUGAGUUGUAGCGCCUGUCGCAGCAGCUGCGGCAGGGAGGCUGGCACUCAUGGAGGAGGUAGAAAACAAGAGAGAAACAUUUUUACGAGUUCGGGCUAACAGGCAAACGAGAUUGAAUGCUCGCAUAGGGAAGAUGAAGAGGAGGAAGCCUGAGGAGGGGGGGCAGGUAUGUCCGCUGUGCAGUGCCCCAUUGGCUGGGAGCGAAGAGGAGAUGAGUAGACAUGUGGAACAAUGCCUGAUCCAGCGUGAAGGUGCUUUGGCUGACGAAGACUCCGCAGACAUGGAUGGAGAGAAUGGGCGGGGCUUUGAGGAGUACGAGUGGGCGGGGCAGAAGAGGAUCAGAGCUACGGCUUUGCUGGAAGGAGGCUUCAGAGGAACAGGGUUUGCCACAUGUAGCAUCAAGGAGAGCACAGCAGACAGUGACGCUGACCUGGAUGUUGACGGAGACGACACCUUGGAAUACGGCAAAGCCCAGUACACUGAAGCAGACAUUAUCCCAUGCUCCGGCGCUGGAGAGGACCAAGGAGAGGCCAGGGAAAGGGAGGCGCUACGAGGAGCCGUACUCAAUGGUGGGAUGCCUUCUAACAGAAUAACGCCUGAGUUCUCCAAAUGGGCCAACGAUGAAAUGCCAUCUACAAGCAACGGGGAAUGCAGCAAGACAGAUCCCAGCACCCCUUCGUCUUCGUCCUCCUCUUCAUCCGCACCUCGCACCUGCAAAAACAGCGAGAUUGAGAAGGUUACGGAGGAGGAGUCCACAGCUACCACGAUGGAGGCUCUGAAGGCCAGAAUCAGAGAGCUGGAGAAGCAGAUACUAAGAGGAGACAGAUACAAGUGUCUCAUCUGUAUGAGAAAGCCUACUAUCCAGUCAGGCGCAGAGAUCAGGAGCAUAGGGGCGUGGCCAGGGUCCCGGGCACUGGCCAAUGAGGUCGGAGAGAGGCAAGCUAAGUCCCUCCCCCUCGGUCUGUACUGUCUGUACAGAGGCCUUGUGAUUGGUGGCUACGGCGGCAGCAUAAAGAGGCUCCUCCCACAGCCCCUACGGAGGGACUCGUACACGAUGCCCCUCACCUCCAUCCAGUGCUGGCAUGUUCAUUGUGAAGAGUGCUGGCUCCGGACUCUGGGAAACAAAAAGCUGUGCCCGCAGUGCAACACCAUCACCUCGCCCGGAGACCUGAGGCGCGUCUAUUUGUAAAGAGCACAACCCCGCCUCUGCGCCCCCCUCAGUCCAUUCCUCCAUCCUGUUGUUUUUCCUCCCUCCUUGUGGACUGGAUUCUCUAAAGCCUCCUUGAGCAGAGACACUUUUGGGACAUUGUUUGCCCUUUGUGGAGGCCGAUGGAGGAUUUUCAUGCUGAAGGACUGCCGCAGUGGCAUCGAGAAGACGGAUGAAAGUCAAGAGGGUUGAUGUGUUUCUAUGCAGAAGAACUCAGUCUGCUAAACUCCACCCCCACCUGGUAGCUUCAUGCUGCUGGAGAUGAACCUAAAAAGAACUUCUUACUACAGACUUUGGAAAAAUCAUUGAUUUUCCUGCUUCUUUGUAAAGUUCCAACAGUGCUGGACAGGACCAGGCGCUACGAUAACUCGAUGGAAUGCCUCUUUUUCCUUUUUUCUUUUUCUUUCCUGCAGAAAGACAACUCUCCUCCCACUUUAAAGUAUGUUUAAAAAAAAUAAAAAAAGACAGAGCGGGCCGGUCCACGGAAAAAUGAGCUUUUGAACCAAACUGAGAAAUAACAGGAAGCCCUUCAUCUCCACGCGCUUUUCCACCUCUCGACCUCUCCUUCAUUUGUGGUGUUUUAGUGAAGUAAAUUUUCUUCCCUUCAAGAUGCAGUUCAAGCACAUGUAAUAUAGUUCUAUGUAUGUUUACAAUGUUGAGUGUAAAUGACAUAGAGUUUCUCACAUGUACACACAAACAUCACCAUCCAAAAUGAAGUAUAUAGUAACAAAAGUUUUUGGGUUUUUUAAGUUUGGAGAAAACACUUUUAGGAAAAAAAAUGGAAGAAUAAAAAAAAAGUUCUCUGUAUUUUUGAAGAAAAAAAUCCAUCAAAGUUUUAUUUCAUUGUACAGGAAUUAAAAAAACUAGUUGGUUGCAGUUUAGGUGGUGUAAUUUCUCUGUAGGGUACCCUGAAAAAACUUGAUCUGAACAAGACGGCGGAGGACAAGAUUAACCAGUGGAGAAGUUAUUUGGCUCUUGUUCCUGUCAUUAGGGGCUGCAACAUGCUCAGAUCACAUUUUUUUAACCCUUUCAUGUCUUUUUUUUCCCCUCCGUCAUUUCGCUAUGCUGCAAAAUAAAGCCCCCCCCUAAAAAAAGGGGCAGGUUCUUUCUAAACACAAGCAGAUGAAUGAAAGCUCUUGUAAAGAAGGAUGUCCCAGGCUGAACUGGCAAUCUCCUGAACUCUGCAGCGCCCCCCCUUUUACCCCCCCUCCGUUACAGCAGCAGCAGCAUCAGCAGCCAAGGUGGUGGUGUGCUUUGUGUUUGUAAAACUAUGUAAUCUGUGAUGUCUGUAUCGUUGUAAGAAAUACUGGAAAAAAUGGAAAAUAAAACCUCAAAGUUCCAUGA